GCGACGCUGCUCGAGAGCGACCCGAAGCGAGAGCACGAGAGCAGGAGGGGGAUUUCCAGCUCGAGCCCCCACUUCCCGAACCAGCCGUUGUUUUGCUUUCGGUCUCGACACAGAAACAGAAAUAAACGACGGGCAUACUUUUGUUUUUCCACUUAAAACCGCAAAUAAAUCAUUUUGUCUUACGUGAGCCGUGCUAGUUAUUCCGACAGCAGGACUGUGAAGCUACAGGCCGUCCAAACUGAACAGGUAACAUUUUAUUUCCGCAUAUUAACGCUGUUGACUUGCUCUCACACCACACAGACUUCCUUCAGGACGACAUGACGGCUCCCUAGCUCGCUGUGCCACCAUGCCAGUAGAAAGAAUGAGAAUGCGACCAUGGCUGGAGGAGCAAAUAAACUCCUGUCAGAUACCAGGACUAAAAUGGGUUAAUAAAGAAAAGAGAAUCUUCCAGAUCCCAUGGAUGCAUGCUGCACGCCAUGGCUGGGACCUGGAGAAAGACGCUCCGCUCUUCAUGAGAUGGGCCAUACACACUGGUAAAUACCAGCCAGGCGUAGACCGUCCAGAUCCAAAGACGUGGAAGGCUAAUUUCCGCUGUGCCAUGAACAGCCUGCCAGACAUUGAGGAGGUGAAGGAUAAAAGCAUCAAAAAGGGAACGAACGCCUUCAGAGUUUAUAAGAUGCUCUCCUCCACAGAGAGAAGUUUGAAGAAAGGAAAGAAGAAGACAGACAAAGAGGGAAGGCCCAAGGGAAAUAAAGAGGUAGCUUCUCCAUCUCCAGACAGGACUCUCCUCGAAGCUAAUGCUGGACCUAUUGACUACUCCAAACAGGAAUUGAUCAAACAGGAAGUGGUCAAGCAGGAAGCAGUAGAGCUAACAGUGACGGACAGUGCCUCAGCAAUUCACAGUUCAGUAGAAGACCAUGUCAUCACCAGCGAGCAGCUGCCAUUCGUCUGUCAGACAAUUGAAGUAACCACUGAGAAUGAAGAGCAGACGGUUAGCUCCUCCCACUCGUACCCGCUCCAAAUCUCUCCUGUGUCUUCAUGCUGCGGCAGUGACACGGACAGUGACACAGAAGAAACUAAAGAGGGUGUCAGUGCAGUCUGGAGACGGGAUUACAACACAACAGUUCUCAGGGUUCCCUCAUGUUCUCUUCCCGGAAUGGCCACUUUUGUCACUGCGAACAAGCCCAACUUCAGGGUCACCAGCACUCGAGACCCAGCCCCACUUAUCAGCUACCACACCGACAGCUGGACGCCAGCCUACUCCCAGAACUCUAUUGUGUCUCCGGCGACCGGCCACACCCAUGAGAUGCGAGCAAGUGUCAUUAUGAAAACGUCUGAUGUUACCUCCUCCUGACCCAAGAUGAGGGAGUAUCAUCACUGCCCCCUGGGCAUAGGAAUGACAGAGAAUGUUGCUUUUCCUCAUCAGGGCCACAUGGUGCCUACAAGGCCAAACUUCCAAAUAUGUGAUUUUAUUAUAGCUUCUGUCUGGGCCAGGAAUCCCCUCAGUUUUCCUUUUAAUUGGAAAAAAAUUGCUGACUGGUGUUGAAUGAAAUUCGCUAUGGCUUGACUUGCUCACUAACUAGUGAAGCACUGCAGCCAGUUUAUACUUUUUGCACCUGUAUGGCUGUGAGGGUCUGCGUGAUGUAAAUUUCAUCAUCUUCCCAUGUGUGUGAGGUUUGCUGAUGGUCCAUGCCAGCUAAAAUGUAUGAACAUGUGGAACAUAUGCGCAGACAAACAUGUAUGUAUACACAUGGGAUUGUCCUUGUCCCUGUCCGUUUUGGAUUAUAUUUAGCCCUUGAGACUCCUUAAUCAUCCAUGUGUCACUAGUAGAUCAUUUUCCCUGCUGGUUUUUGCUAACAGUUAACACUAUGCUGAAUGAAAGAAAUCCCCCACUUUUAUGUAAUGAAAGACAAAUUUUAGUAAUGAAAAGUUCUUAGUAUUUUUUAUUGCACAACCUUUAGAUGAGUAUGAGUCAGUAUUGCCUACCUGCAGCCAGGUUUGAAAAUACAUUCUUGUAUUCAUCCACCGAGUUGUGAUUUUAAUCUGCAGUGGGUUAAAACAUUCAUUUCCUUUGUGAAAUGGUCUCCAGUAGUUCAUCGCAGGAAGAUGUUUUUGUGUUUUAUAAACAUUUUUUUGAAUCUCCUGCAUAAAACUAUCUGAUUUAUCCAUAUGACAUUUAAGAUUGCUUUCCAUUAAGUAUUAGAACCAAUUACAAAACUACAUUGUAUGCCAGACUCUCUCGCUGUCCUGUCUUAAUGUACUGACACAACUAUCGUCCCCUUUGUCUUUAGUGAACCAGAACCAGUUAGUUGCUAGCUCAACUGUUAGCAUGAAACAUUGUAUAAAAUGCUUUAUCAGGACACAUGGAUGGAACAAGUCAAGAGUGUGUAAGCAAUCUGUGUUCAUAGCAAAGUGACAAAUACAAAACAUCAUGGGGAACAUCUCUGUUAGCAAACCAGCUCAACGAGCAGCAAGUUACAGAAAGAAUCAAAGGCAUGUUGUUAUCUGGAUAAAGAAUGGCAAUCAUUAGUAAGCUCUGAUUUGCCCUGCAGUGGAAAGCAGGCGAGUGUGUGUGUAUCUGUCUGUCUGGAGAACUCAGGACAAUGUACCCGCCAACACACAGACAGAUGAACUGACAGAGUGAACGACAGACUCACUGACAGACAGACUGACAGACUGUGAACAAUGUAUUUGUUUCUUUCUCCUCUCUCCUGGUGUUAAUAAUGUACAUAGCCCAUACGUAUGUAUAUCUGCAAGCCGCUUCUGCACCUUAUGGACAGCACUGGCGUGUGUGUGUGUGUGUGUGUGUUUGCGCGCAUGUGUGCGUGUGUGUGUGAGGGAGAGGGAGAGGGAGAUGGGGAGCCUUAUUGAAGAUGUGUGCCUUUGAUGGUGUGUGACUGGAUUCAAACUAUCUAUGCUUUAGUCUGCUAGUGACACAUGCAAGUAGCUAUGAGGAGUUUUAGUGGGCUGUGUGUGAGACCAGUACUGUGAUCUGUGGUGAACAUUCACUAUAUUAACUUACACAGAGAUGGCUCUUGUUGACUGUGGAUACUUGAGUGAAACAUAACAAACAUUGUUCUCCUUUGUUAAAAUGUUUCAAAGCUUAACUGGAUGCUAAUCCUGUGCAUUUAAGAGAUGACAUGUAAAGGAAACAUCUUGCUAUGAUAACUAGGAAAAAGGAAUGAUGUGGGUUUGAGGUACAGCACAGAGGACUGUGUCAUCAGCAGAGGCUCAGCUCUGUUGUUUUGAAGUCACACUUGUUUUUUUACAAUCUGGUCUCCCUGGCCCAAAACUUCCUAUUUCCCAGUUGACUUCAGUGCACAGAUGUUGCAGCACAAGUCUUUCCUCUGUUUCACCACUGUAUCUGACUCCAUUCCUCCUGGCAAAGUAUAGUUUUUACAAUUGGUAAAUGUCAGCAUGUUCAGAGAAAAGCACUCUUUUUUUCAUCCCAUAAAAUGGAAAUGUUUGCUCAGAAUGAUGAACUCAAGCAGCAAAGGAAGGUUUUUCUUCUUUGUUGUUUGUUUCACAAGCCAAUACAGUAGCAAACUCAGUGGUUUCAGUAUUACUUAGCAAAAUAUAAUGAACCUAAAAAGAACUAGAUGAUGAAAUGUUCAAAUUGGGUCUCCUGAGAGUUUACGUCUCCCUGUGUGAUGAACUGAGUGUGUCUGAAAGCUACUCGCAUAUUAGCUGCUAGCAGGCUAAAGCACAGACUUCACUCCCAACCUGCCUUCAGCGGAGCUCCAGUGGGAACAGCUCUACAAGUUCCUGUGGGAAAACAAUAAGACAAAUAGGAACCUGCCAUGUUUUUGAACCAAACCCCUAGAGAUUUUAACACUGGACACACAUUACUAUCAUGAUGAAAUUAUUUAAGGUUCUCAUUCAAUCAGAGGGGUUUGGGCUUACUUGACAGCUAGAUGUUAACCAAAUGUUUCCUCAGUAAGUCUUUUUUUUUUUUUUUUUGGUCACAUCACAUACUGAAAGAUAAAUUCUUCUAUUUCUCUGUGGUUACACAUCAUAAUAGUUCUCUUUGGAAAUGCUACUCAAUAGGCUGCAAUCCAUGGGUAAUAUUUAAUGUAGUGUAUGAUGUUAAUUUUGUUAAUAGCCAUGAUAAACUUUCACUUUUUGUUUAACCAUGCAUCUUGAGUGACCUUCAGUGUUUGUGACACUUAAAUGUGCCAAAUGUAAACAUAAUGGUUCAUAUUCGACCUUCACAUCGGUGCAGAUGUGUGGAAUGAAAUUUUAUUUUGUGUUUCUGAUAUUGAAGCAUGAAUUGACUUGAAAGCCACAAGUUCCAAAGUCUAAUCAAAUGUUCAACCCUUCUGCCUCAACAGGCUCGACUGUGGAAAUUUAAAGAAGUUACCAUGGAAAAACUAAAGUGCACUUACACCCAGAGCUCAUUUCUGCUUUGUUUUGUCUAUAAAAGGGAUGACAUUACAGCCAAAAGUCAACAGUGAAAAGGGUUGUAAUGCUGUUAUUUAUCAUGUGGUUGGUCAAUCUCUCAAACCUGCUUUUGCCUUAUGUGAUUGAGAGCCACUGAAUCGUUUUUCUUUUAAAACAGAGGUGUGUCUCACUCUUGCGCUUAGUACAUACCAUAAAGUACAAUAUUACUAUUCAGCUCAAAGGAAAAAAAAAAGAAAGAAAAAAAACCAGAUAAUUGCUCAGCUAAUUGCAUUGGAGCAAAGAAGCUGUAACUGCAUUUUGUCACCACUGUUUGUUCUGUGUACAUUACAAAAACUACACGUGAAUCGACAUGUAAAUCUAAAUAAAGACUGUUUUUGUAUUUA